UUGGGUGUUAUGUCCUGAAAGGAACCCAGCCAACACCAGCCCGUCAAACUUAGUGGCAUGAUGGCAACUUGCGUUGCGUGGCGUCUUGAAGAUCGCCGUGGCAAUGUUUUUGACCUGAAGAGCCGGGGAAACGCAGAGGGCAGACUGUUCCAGACACAGGCUGUUGGCGUUCCUUGCGUGAAAGGGCCACUGGAUGAGUGUAAACUGACAUCACCAGACUGUGGAUCCCCUCGUUCUCCCACAGCCACGCCACGCAGUCGGACCACCCCGUGCCGAUCAGCCUCGCCCUACUCGACGCCUCCGCCCGCUCCGCGGCGAGCGCCGCCCACGUGUGAACUGACAUCACCAGACUGUGGAUCCCCUCGUUCUCCCACAGCCACGCCACGCAGUCGGACCACCCCGUGCCGAUCACCCUCGCCCUACCCGACGCCUCCGCCCGCUCCGCGGCGAGCGCCGCCCACGCCUUUGCACAAGGCCCUGAUCGUGGGAUGUCCCUUCCAGGUGCGGCAGGUCUUGGAGGAGGAUCCCGCUGCGGCCGACAUGCCGUUCAUGGACCAUGACUUUGAGCCGCCCAUUUGCGCCUGCGUGCGUUUGGACUGCUCGGUCGAAAUCCUGAAGCUGCUCCUUGCGCACGGUGCAUCGGUAAAUGUUCGAGAUGUGGAUGGCCAUACCGCCCUCUCUCUCCUUUCCUCGAACUCUUGCAGGUUUCGCCCAUUGAAGGGUGAUUUCUUUGACCCUCAAGCGGCCCAAAUUCGGCAGGAUCAGAGGAUGGUAUACAAGGCCCAGAUCCUCCUGGAUGCAGGAUGUCCGCUUGAUGGACCAGGUGGUAUUGGGUGCCUAGGAUGGGCGCGGCGCACAGGAAACGUGGCGAUGGCCAAGUUCUUGGACCAAUUGAAGGGCGAGGCGCUUCACGAUCGGGCUCCCUGAGUCGACCAAUGACGCCCAGAUGCGCAGACGUUUGGUCGCUCUACAGCUGAAUGACGCCCACAGGGAGAGAGACAAGAAUGAUCUCCACAUCUA